UUGCAUCUCAGUGCAUCCUCGCCUCCCACCAACCUCACAAACAUCGCAGCAAUGUCCUCAGCACGUUCUGUCAUGCGCGCCAGCCGACUGGUCCUGCGCUCGACCGCCAGGCCAUUCUCCUCCACCACCACCAGGUUCGCGGUGCCAAUCAACGAACGCGGCAACGACACAGCAGCCGAGUACCGCAGAAUCAUGAAGUCGAAGCCGCUCAACCCUCAUAUGACGAACUCCACUUCGACCAUCGCCAACGAGAUGCCCAACAUCGGCGAAGACGCUGCUCCACCCGAGCUCCUCACCAGCGUGGAUGGUAACUUCGUGCCAAAGGACUCCAAGCCGGAGAACACCGAAAGGAUGACUGGCGGUACUCAGAAGGGCGCACCCGACUCUGGUGUCAAUGCAGGCCUUGAAGUAGGUGAAAUCGAGGGCGGCUCGUUCAAAGUGGAACCUCUUCGUCGCACAGGCGAAGACAUCAACACCAUGCGCGCCCGUCUCGUUUAUCAAAGCCGGAAAAGAGGCACAUUAGAGUCCGACCUCCUUCUAUCCACCUUUGCAGAUGAGAACCUCGGAACCAUGUCAGCGAAGCAGCUGCAACAAUAUGAUCUCUUCCUCGACGAGAAUGACUGGGAUAUCUACUACUGGGUGACCCAAGAGCCUACACCAACAUCGAUGGCAUAUGCAGAGGGUGCUGGGCCCGGUCUGGCUUCACCUGAAGCACAGGGAAAAGAUGCGAACAAGUCUGAUAACUCAAAGGGCACGGUUGUGCGCCAGCCUGGUACGGGUGAAUGGGCGCAGACUGUUGGAACUUUCAAGCCUGCGUACAGACCCGUUCCUCAAAGGUGGAAGAAUAGCGAAAUUCUCUCUAUGUUACGAAAGCAUGUUGUGGAUCGAAGCGCAGGAGGUGUGCUUGAUCAUGGAAAGGUGGAUUUCUCGAAGACCAGUGAACGAAAAGGCGGUGGACUGGGAUUUAUGCCUGAGUUGAAGAACUUUGAUCAGUAAGCCGGGCAUGUCGGGUUGUACAGAUAGAGUGAUAUAUGUAUACCUUAGGUAGAUCAAAAAGAGCAGGUGUUUGAGGAGAACAAGGACACCACAUAUCAGCAUUAAUACCAGGUAAAGUACAGGUACGAUAUGCGGACAGACACGAUAUAUGCCCGAGGAUUUCUUUGACGUGAGUAUCAACACGUCGACUUCUCAGCAACAUACAUAAUACACACGGCGCAUGGCCGACGUGCCCGCCCCUGCUCCAAGCGAAGUUGUCAAACCCUCGCAAGUCUCAGCAUCAGCGCCAACAGAAGAAGUCAUUACACUUAUCGAAGCACCUCCACAACCUGCCGUUGCACCAACCGAGAUCGUCAAAGUCAUCGAAUCACCUUCACAGCCCGUCGUCGAACCAAGCCAGAUCAUCAAACUCGUCGAAACGCCCGCACAGCCUGCCGCUGAUUCAAGCCAGAUCAUUGAGCUCGUUGAAGCGCCUUCACAGCCUGUCGUCGAACACCAAAAGGAGCGAGUGGUAGAGGUCAUCAGGGUAAUUGAGGUUAUCGAAGGAAGUGAGCCUGCUGCAAAAUCCACACCAACUGUCAGCCAACCACCACCACCACCAGUAGCUCCUGCAAGCCCAGCGGUCGUCCAACGAGUGGGGGUCACACCAGUCGACGUAACCCCGAUCGAGCAUACCGUUAUCGCAGAGAAGAAGGACGAGGCAGCACCACCACCCCCACCGGUCGUUGAGAAAUUCUUCGAGAAGAUCAUCGAAGUUCAGCCAGUCGCAACUGUCCCCGCGGAGCCGGUCAUCAUAAAAGAGAAGAAAGUUGAGGAGGUAGUUCAGCAACCAGCAUCAGCCCCAGCGAUCCCCGAGAAAGUUGAAGCUGCACCUGUCGUGGUGGUCCCUGUUGAGCCCACGCCUGUCAUGGCAACAGAGAAAAAGGCUGAACCAGCUCCUGCCGCACCAGUGGUCAUCGCCCCAGUCGAAGCUACUCCAGUUCCAGUACCUGCACCUAUGGCUGAGCCAGAGAAGAAGGUCGAACAGGCAGUUGUCGUCCCCGAGAAAAAGCCCGAGGAAGUCGUCGCAGCUCCUGUCACGACCGUGGAACGAGUUGGAGUCACGCCAGUUGCCGUGGUCCCUGUCGAACCUGCGCCUGUUGCCACGCCCGAGAAAAAGGUUGUGAAAGAGAUCACAGUCGUGAAGGAGAAAGACUUUGUACCUCCACCAAAGGAGCCGGAAGCCGCGAGCAAGGCUCCUUCAAAGAAAUCGUUUCGUUUGAGGCUGAAGUCCCGGAGCGCGAAGUGGAAGUUUAUGGUCCUGGGGUGGUUCGCUGUGAUGAAGAUGAAAAAGAAGGCCAAGGCAGUCUGAGUGGCUGUGGAGCGUGGCUGGGAAGCGCCCACUGCCUGACACUAGAGUACCUUUUCUGCGCUCCUGCGAUGUUGCUGCUGAUACCUGAGCAUUGAAAUUGGAAACGGAGUUACCCUUACUUGGCCUUGUGAUCUUGAACUUUGGACCAUACUUGAUUCGACUAUGGCCAGUUGUCAACUACAGGUACCUGAGGUAGCUCCCUCCUCUUCCAGGAUGGGUACCGAGUACCUACUUGCUCUGUACACACUGUGCUUUGGUCACAGUAUCCGAGUCUGUGUGCUAUUUGCAGAGAGAUGCCUCACUGACUCUUCCGCUGGAAUGAUGAAAGGUGUGCUUGCUUGUCUUUUUGCAAUCCGUGACUCUGUGAAUGUCUCAAUUGUGUACAAUACAAAGCGAGCACUCCAUGCUGCACAACACUUCCUUUGGCCGAGGAUGAAUCGGGCCAAGUGUCAUUUUCAUUUCACAUCAUCGUUCUCUAAAUCAAGUGUUUGCUUCGGAAAUAUGCCCUCAGAUACACGAUCUGCCACACUCCCAGUGCAAAUAGCAUGCCCAUGGUUCCGAUGGCGAACCAUUUGACUCGCUCAUUUGUACUCUCAUUCGUAUCACGUAAUUUCAUCUCUCUUACUCUCAAAUACUCCAACUCAUCCACGACCUCCUUUGCGACUUCGCUGAUUCGUCGCAGUUCUGCUUCGACAGGUUUCAGUUUCUCGCCGGCUUGGAUCGCGGACCAGUCUUUGGCAUCGGCGCCUAUGUCGAUGUCGAGUUCUACAUUUCGUGUGGCUUCGGCCGAAGUGCGGUGGUUCAGGAUGUUCUCAAAGCAUACGUCGAAGGCGCUGUCGGCGUGGGAGGUAAAUGCAUAGCGGUUCUCGCCAACGACGUCGCGAGGGCGCGCGUAGUCGUUUCCUACUGCGUCUUUGAUGUGCAUGUUCAAGGUCUGGCCAUCGCCUUUGCUGCCACUGAUGGUUGCGGUGACCACGACCAGUUGGUCUUUGGCGACAAAGUUGCGGAUGCAGCGCUCUUUCGAAGCUGAUUCAUGGCCAAGAUGUGCUUGGAUCUCGAACUUCAAGGCCGAGACGAGCGGAAGCAGAAAUGCCAGACAGAGCUUGAGGGCGAAAAGCAAUGCCAUGGCGGCGAUAGCGUCCGAUCCAAAGAGAAGAGAAGGGAAGAAUAGAUGGAAGAGCGAGCAAUGGAAUAGCAGAAA